CUCUGCACAGCCUGAACGCAUUGCAUCCGAUCUGUGCCGGUCCGAGGGGUCAGAUGUGACCCCCGAGAGACUCGGAGUCUGGGAGCAAAUUUUCAGAAAGUAGGAAAAAUCAAGCACAGGGAGUCCAGCCAUGGUCAGGGAUGACUUUGACGACAUUCAACCACAUAGGAGGAGCUGUCACCGGGGAAUACGGAUGUUUCCCGCAGCAUGACUGAAGAUACGCGCAUGAGGAGACGUCUAUUCAAAUCAAGUCUUAACAAGUGAAACCUGGAAUACCUAACUGAUAUCGUUUCGGGAAAUAUGGUUCAUCAAAAGCAAGAUCUGCAAGUUGAGCUUCCAGUGCAGAAGAUGACACAGUAAAUAAGCUGUCACCUUAAAGGUCAUUCAUUUUCCUCUGCAACAACUAUGCUGCCAAAAGAGCAACACAGUGAUGGCAAGGCUGCCAAAACCUCCUGCUCUGAACAAAAAGCCAAGGCCAUGAAGAAGGAAAAGAAGGUUGUGUAUGUGGAUCCACCAGAUGGUGGUUGGGGUUGGAUGGUGGUUCUGCACUGUUUCCUGGUGAACGUGUUGGUAAUGGGUACAUUGAAGAGCUUUGGGAUCUUCUUUGUGGCACUGCAGGAUGAGUUUGGAGGCUCGUCCGAGAGCAUCAGCUGGAUUGGAUCCAUCAUGUCUAGCCUCAGGCUCUCCGGAGGUCCGCUGGCUUCGGUGGCCUGUGCCAAGCUGGGGAACAGGGUUACCUCCAUAGUGGGGGCGCUUCUCGUCAGUGCCGGCUUUAUCUCCAGCAUAUUUGCCACCAACGUGAUCUACCUUUACAUUAGCAUGGGGAUAGUUGUUGGUCUCGGGUUUGCUCUUCUUUAUCAGGCCACAUCUGUUGUAACAGUGACUUAUUUCCGAAAGAGGCUGGCAACUGCAUAUUCUAUUGGCCGCUCUGGCAUGGGUUUGACCUUUGCCCUUGCUCCUUUCACUCAGCUGCUUUUGGAUCACUAUGCUUGGCAGGGAGCACUGUUGAUUUUGGGAGGUCUGAUGCUGAACCUGGUGGCUUCUGGGAUGCUUUUGCGGCCCAUUAACAUUAGACCUCCAGCUUCACCCAUGUCAAACAACACCCUUCAUAAAGCUGGAUCUGAGAAAGAACCUCUUAAGAACCAUAUGAAUGGCAACACCUCUAUGUCCAAUAGCACUUCCAAAAUGGACAGCUCACCUCCCAUUCACAGGGACACACUUAUAAUAGAGAACCCCGUUCAUGAACAGAACACUCUUCCACAUCUGGAACUCAAAAAAUCCAUCCAGAAUGGGGUGAACGGUACAGACGGCAACCAAAGUAAAACUUUCCCCGAGAUGAAUGGGGUUUCUCCUGUGGAUUCGUUACUUGAGAACAGCAGAACAGAAAAUCUUCCUGAAAACCCCAAAAAAGUGCUGGACUUCUCACUGUUGAAGAACCCUUUCUUUUGCAUCUACACCUGGUCGCUGGUCUUCAGUCAGCUGGCAUAUUUUAUACCUUACUUCCAUUUGUCUGCAAGGGCCCGGAACCUGGGCAUCGACCCUAUGUAUGCUUCCUUUAUCAUCUCUGUGGCUGGUAUAACAGAGACGGUGGCCCAACUUGCAUCUGGCUGGGUGACAGACAGGAAUCUGGUUCACAAAUAUCACUACCAUAAGGCCUACCUGAUCCUGUGUGGUGUGGUCAAUCUUCUCUCCCCUCUGGCCACCUCAUACAUCUUGCUCAUGGUCUACGCUGUCUUCUUUGCCAUCUUCUGUGGGGGGUACAUGGCUCUCCUACUUCCUGUACUGGUGGACUUGGUGGGUUCUGAAAAGCUGAACAACUCGAUGGGGUUUUCAAUGUUCUUUGUGGGGCUUGGCUGUCUCACAGGUCCUCCUCUGGCAGGCUUCCUGUACGACUACACUCAGACCUAUGACUGCUCCUUCUACCUGGCAGGUGUGUGUUAUCUGUUAUCAUCAGUUUCUCUUUUCCUUGAGCCUCUGGCGAGGCGCUGGCAAGCCCGAAAGAAGCGGCUAGAGAUGCUAAACCAAGAACUGAUGUGGAGUAAUGGCUGUUUCUGCCCGGCGCCUCAGAGGAAUGGUGUUGUAUAAUAAAGGAAUGAACUUAAAGCCAUUUUACUUUCCACCAUAUCAUGUGGUUCACCCUCUGAAGGCUGGUCGGAAGAGGACCUAACCUGAACAUUUGGCGGGACCACAGCGUGGCAAGCAAAUGAACGUUCGUUUGAAUGCAGAGACCAAUAAGUUAAUGCUUCAGGAUAGUACAAUGCAAACUAUUUUGUUAGUGGGUGCAUGAGAAUGGAUUUUGUUUUUAUAUAAAUUCAUAGAAAUAAAUAGUAAGCUUCUCUCACCGCCAUCUUUAAUGGAAAUCAGAUCAGCACAAGAACAAAAUGAGGAGUCUUUGUCACCCACAUAAGCUUUUAUGUUACAGCACAUGAUGUGAUGCACAUGAUGAAUCUUGAUCUUCCUACAUUAGAAAGUUACUCAGAUGCUUCCACCGAUAUGAUGGUAAAUUUGUAUCACAGGACACAUUUUACUCAGACAAAUAUACUAGUACUGAAAUAAGAGUAUUUUGUCAGAUGGUGAUGGGUCUAUGCAAUAAGCCUAUCAAGACUCUGUGAGCCUCCUUUUUGAUCCUUCAAUGUGUGUUCGUGUCUGUAGAUGUGUUUUUGCUAUGAAGCUCAGUACUGUGUAAAGGACUGCAGAAGGCCGUAAUGGCUGUGUCAUCAACAGAUUUUGUCAUUGGUGCCUCAAUUGGAAGACAUUUUGGACCAGGAUAUUCCAGACUAGGAUAUUUUUUAUUUCUCUCACUGUUGCCAAAUCAGUCACACUGUCAUUUACUGCUGACAACCAAGAGAUUUUGUUUUUUUUGGGAACAAACCGCUGUGUGAAUACAAGUGAAUAUUCUUCUGAUGCCAAGAUUUGCAAGAAUUAGGUCAGUUGGCUUGUGGGUUUAUGUGUACCUGUCCAAGAGGCCCAGACAUUGAGCAUUUACAUUGAGUGUUUCUCUAAAGUGCAAAUCCUUUUUUACUUUUGUCAUUUUUUAUUUUUAGGUUUUGAUUUUGUUGAUCUACUACAGUGCACUGUUUAUAACCUCUGUUUGCCUUUGUACACAAUGACGGUUCUAAAUAUCCUGUGAUGAAAGCCAAAGAUGCAAUAGAAAUAUAAUUGAUCAAUCUAUGCAUUUGAACAUGUCCUGUGUUGAUAGCAAUCUGUAGUAGUUCUCCCUAGUAAUGUAGUUCUGCAUGAGCUGUUGCCCUCUAGUGGCAAAAAUGAUUACUGCUACUGGAACGUUGUAGCAAUUAACAGGCAGUUCAUGUUCUGGAAUGUCCAAUUAUUUUCUUUCAUCAGCCAAGUAAUGAGCAAGACACACACAAAUGCAACAAUUUAAAAUAUUAGCACAGAGAUAAGAACUGUAGGUCACUGAAAUCUUCAAAUCAUUGCCCACUGGAAUCUUUUAUUUUCUCCUUCUUUUGGACAGCAAGCUUUUCUUUAUCACUCAAUUGUUUAAUGA